CACUCUGAAAUUUUUCUGGUCGCAGAUGAUACGAUGGACGCGUCCUGCUCUUACACGGUGGUCUUCAUCCCGCUUCGGAGCGGCCUCGGGAGCCUGGACGCGCUUCGCUUCUACUUGUGGAUUAAACAUCUUAAGGAUCUCGAGAAGGAAAAAGACAUCCUCUACUGUGGUCUGGAGAUUCUGGAACAAGCUCGACUCUGGUACCGUCAUCGACUCGCGAAGAACAGAACUAAACAGGGGGACGCCGACACCCAAAGUCGGGUUGACUCCUGCAAUGAAAGGUCUCGCAUACACUAUGUGAAUGCAACUCUGGCUUCUGUCAUGACUGACAGUAACAUUAGCAGAAAUUCAGCAAUAGAAAGCGCCCUCCGAUGGCAGCAUACCUUACUCACACAGGAGGUGAGUCACAAAAAUCGACAGAUUUCUGCAUUGGAGAUGGAAAAAGAUGCUCUCCUUGAACGACUUUAUGACGUUUGAAAAGUUUAAUAACGUUUUUCUUGCCUCGACACGCCGACUCAUCCCGGUGGUCCCGCACUCGCGCUGAUAAUCUUUAUCUCGGUUUGCCAUCGAGCAAGUUUACGGGAAUUUUUGAAGCCCUUCCUCUUUUCUUUGCACUCAGCCGCAGAAUGCCCAACGUGAUCCCUCGCUACUUCACGCCUUCAGUCCAUCGAGGAUUUUUUUUUUCGAUUAAAAAUAACAGUGAAGCAUUUAAUAAAGACAAGCAUUUUCUACUUUAUUCUUGUUUAAAUUAAUUCGAUGGGACAGUAUCGUGUUUAAAGCACAAUUAAUACAUUUGAAGGGUUUAAAAACCAUUUAAAUAUAUAUACAUAAGUUUUUUUAAGUUAUACUUUGGGGGGAAAAAGUGA